AGCGAGAAAGACUACGAUCCGUUUGCGGACCGACGACGACCCACCAUAGCGGAUAGGGAAGAUGAAUAUAGACAAAAAAGGCGCAGAAUGAUUAUAUCACCUGAGCGCGUUGAUCCCUUCGCAGAAGGUUGGUAUUUUUUUUCCUUCUAAGUUAAGAGUUAUGAAACCAGAACAGGUAAUUAGAUAUUAAGUGUGUUUCCAUAUUAUUAUUCUUGUUGAUAUUUUGGAGCAAUGUAAUGAAUCACUACAGCCUUUGCUCCCAACUUUUCUUAUGUAAAAAUAAUAAAUUUUACAAUAAUCUUAUAUUGUAAUAUUUAUUUUGAACUGCUCCAAUUGAAAUUCUUAAAUAUGGCUUGUAAUUAUGUAUUGGUUACAUUGUAACAAAAUAUACGCACAACGAAGCUUAUAUCACUACGUUUUAUAAGAAAAUAAACUCGUAUUAAACGUAUUACAAUAUUGCGCAAAAGAAAAAGUCAACCUGAUUUUAAGAUAACAAAACUCAAAUUUUAUGCAUAGUUUUUUUGCAAAGUGGUGUACAGAACAAUAGGGGUCAAUGUAUGUAUUAAAAAUAAAUUAAGUUGACUUUUUCGUGUCAGAUAAUAACACUCCAUCUGUGAUUAAAACAUGAAAAUUUUAAUAAUUAAAUGAUAUUUUCAUUUAAUUAUUCUUUCCUAUAAUUCACUAUUAUUUUUUCCUCGAUUCAUUUUUGUAAUGUAAAACACCAAGUUUUGUCAAAAAAGCAAGAUUAUAAAUAUACCAAAUUUUGUUUUUUCGAUAACAUCGCGUUUUCUUAAUUUUCUCGAUAAUUCAUGAAUAAACACUUAGCGUCAAGAUUUCUUUAAAAUUAGUUACAGUAUAGUUUAAUUUAUAUAUCAUGCAUUGCAUCUUUGACAUCCUUAAUUGCUUAAAUGUUUUCAUGAAAUCAAAGCCUGUACACAUUGACCCAUAUAAAAUUGUAUGUUACUUAAAUAAGCCUAUGUAUAUAUCGAGUGAAGAUAUGUUGAUACUACAGCACAUACAAAAUACUUUUAAUAUUUAAAAAUGUAAAAUUAAAUAAUUUAUGCCAUUGACGCUUCAUUUUCAUAUAAGUGUUUAAGUAAUUCAUACAUUUCUAUAUCGCUGUAAUAUUACUGGCUACAAUAACUGAGGAAAAAAAAUGCAACGAUUUACAUAAUUUUGUUAGCUAAUUUUAACGAGGUGUACGUAAAAUCGUACAAUUUUCAUUUAAUAGACGCGAAAGAAUACUUUCGGGUAACACCUCAGUUGUUAGUAGUUAAUAGAUUUAAGAUUUCUUUGUACUCAGAUUGUGGAAGCAAUGUGAAGUAGAAAAAACUGGCUUGAGUGAAGAGAGUGAAUGGGAUUCUUUCAAAUACAUACUAAUGUAAACAUUUUUUUCCAAUCUUAGUGACGGUCUGCACAUUUGGAAUCAUCUGCUUACCGAGGAUACUAUGUCGAAGGUUAAGCGAGAUUGAAUUGUCACAGCAUUACAGUCGCGUCCUAUAAAUGAUACAAUGAGACUUUCCAUAUCAUACUUUCAGUUCCUAUACUUUCGCUCAUCUCUGUUUUAAUAGACUUUUUCGUUCACCACUUUAAUUUAGAGCUAUACGUAUAUGUCAUUAAAUUCUCAUUGUAUCAUACGUCUUUCGUGAGAUCGUAAAUAUUGAAAAAUAGUAUGAGUGAUUGGUGUGCAAAUAUUAUUAAUAACAAGAAUGAGUUGAUUUUUAGAUGGCUAAAGUAUUUUUCGAUGUGGAAGACUUGAGCAGGACAGUGCUCCCUAUGGCAUCAAACUUUCACGUGGUAAGACUCCCGACAUCGGUUCUAGGACAUACACCGAGAUUAUGCGAGAACAAUUACUCAAAGGAGAAGAAACUGAGUUAAGAAAGAAACUAGCCGAAAAAGCCAAAGACGGGACUUUGAAAGCAAACGGUGAGCCCAAGCCUGCGCCUAAGAAAAGAGGUCGUUGGGAUCAAACAGAUGAUGCUCCAACACCAAAAAAAUUGACUGGUUCUAGCGCGACACCGACAUCCUGGGAUAACGCGGAUGUAACUCCAGCUGCGAUCAGAUGGGAUGAGACGCCUGGUCAUGGUAAGGGUGGUGAAACUCCUGGUGCAACGCCGGGCGUAAGUACGAGAAUGUGGGAUGCUACUCCAGGACACGCAACACCUGGCGCGGCAACUCCUGGCAGAGAGACACCAUCUCACGAGAAAACUGUUUCGAGCCGUAGAAAUCGUUGGGAUGAGACGCCGAAAACUGAACGCGAAACACCUGGGCACAGUAGCGGUUGGGCCGAGACUCCAAGAACCGAUCGGGUUGCGGGCGAUUUAAUUCAAGAAACACCUACACCGUCUGCUAGCAAGCGUCGAAGUCGAUGGGACGAAACACCGUCGAACCAGACACCUGGAUCCAUGACACCGCAAACUCCAGCAACUCCUCUGACAACGCCUCAUCAGACUUCUAUUUUAACACCUAGUGGAGUGACGCCAACGGGACCUAAAGCUAUGGGACUAGCUACUCCAACGCCUGGACAUUUGAUGUCGAUGACACCGGAACAGCUUCAAGCAUACCGCUGGGAACGAGAAAUCGAUGAAAGAAAUAGACCACUUUCAGACGAUGAAUUAGACGCUUUGUUCCCACCUGGAUACAAAGUUUUGCAGCAACCUGCGGGGUAUAUCCCGAUUCGUACGCCUGCAAGGAAACUCACUGCUACGCCAACGCCAAUCGCGGGUACACCGCAAGGAUUCUUCAUCCAAACCGAAGAUAAAACCGCGAAAUUUGUAGACAAUCAACCGAAAGGAAAUUUACCUUUUAUGAAGCCAGAGGACGCACAAUAUUUUGAUAAAUUACUGGUCGACGUUGACGAAGAAACUCUUAGCCCUGAAGAACAAAAGGAAAGAAAAAUCAUGAAAUUGCUUUUGAAAAUUAAAAAUGGUACACCGCCGAUGAGGAAAGCGGCUCUAAGACAAAUUACUGACAAAGCGAGAGAAUUUGGCGCGGGACCAUUGUUCAAUCAGAUACUCCCUCUCCUCAUGUCCCCUACAUUAGAAGAUCAAGAACGUCAUCUUCUUGUAAAAGUCAUAGAUCGUAUUCUUUACAAACUCGACGAUUUGGUUAGGCCUUAUGUACAUAAGAUUUUGGUCGUCAUCGAACCUUUACUGAUCGACGAAGAUUACUAUGCUCGCGUGGAAGGCAGAGAAAUUAUUUCUAACCUAGCGAAAGCAGCUGGUUUGGCGACGAUGAUAUCCACGAUGAGACCGGAUAUCGACAAUAUCGAUGAAUACGUACGUAACACAACGGCAAGAGCGUUCGCCGUGGUCGCGUCAGCGUUGGGAAUUCCUUCUUUACUUCCAUUCCUUAAAGCUGUGUGUCGCAGCAAAAAGUCAUGGCAAGCUCGUCACACUGGCAUUAAAAUUGUACAACAAAUCGCUAUUCUCAUGGGAUGCGCUAUAUUACCGCAUCUGAAGAGUUUAGUUGAAAUUAUAGAACACGGUUUGGUCGACGAGCAACAGAAAGUCCGUACUAUUACCGCUUUAGCUAUCGCUGCCUUGGCUGAAGCAGCAACACCUUACGGUAUCGAAAGUUUUGACUCUGUUCUUAAACCACUUUGGAAAGGUAUUCGUACGCAUAGAGGAAAAGGUCUUGCCGCGUUCUUGAAAGCAAUCGGUUAUUUAAUUCCCCUUAUGGAUGCCGAAUAUGCCAAUUACUAUACUCGCGAAGUGAUGUUAAUCCUUAUACGUGAAUUCCAGUCACCCGACGAAGAAAUGAAAAAGAUUGUGUUAAAAGUCGUGAAACAAUGUUGCGGAACGGAUGGUGUAGAAGCGCAGUAUAUCAAAGAUGAAAUUCUUCCGCACUUCUUCAAACACUUCUGGAACCAUCGAAUGGCUUUGGAUCGUAGAAAUUAUAGACAACUCGUAGACACAACGGUAGAAAUCGCCAACAAAGUUGGCGCAUCGGAAAUUAUAAAUCGCGUGGUAGAUGAUCUGAAAGAUGAAAAUGAACAAUACAGGAAAAUGGUUAUGGAAACUAUUGAAAAAAUAAUGGGUAAUUUGGGGGCUGCAGAUGUUGACUCCCGUUUAGAAGAACAACUCAUAGACGGUAUUUUAUACGCAUUCCAAGAACAGACAACAGAGGAUGUUGUAAUGUUAAAUGGUUUUGGCACUAUCGUGAACACGCUAGGCAAAAGGGUGAAGGCGUAUCUUCCGCAAAUAUGCGGUACGAUAUUGUGGAGAUUAAAUAAUAAGUCUGCAAAAGUCAGGCAACAAGCUGCUGACUUAAUUUCACGAAUUGCCGUUGUCAUGAAAACCUGUCAGGAGGAGAAACUAAUGGGUCAUUUAGGUGUUGUCCUCUACGAGUAUUUAGGUGAAGAAUAUCCUGAAGUAUUAGGAAGCAUUUUAGGUGCGCUGAAAGCUAUCGUUAAUGUUAUAGGAAUGACGAAAAUGACACCACCUAUAAAAGACUUGCUACCACGACUUACUCCUAUAUUGAAAAACAGACAUGAAAAGGUACAAGAAAAUUGUAUCGAUCUUGUAGGUAGAAUUGCGGACAGAGGUCCUGAAUACGUAUCCGCUAGAGAAUGGAUGAGAAUAUGUUUCGAACUUCUAGAAUUACUUAAGGCUCAUAAGAAAGCGAUUAGGAGAGCUACAGUAAAUACCUUCGGUUACAUCGCAAAAGCGAUAGGACCUCAUGAUGUGUUGGCAACACUCUUAAAUAAUCUAAAAGUACAAGAACGUCAAAAUCGCGUGUGUACUACGGUAGCUAUAGCUAUUGUUGCUGAAACUUGUAGUCCAUUCACGGUACUUCCUGCAUUGAUGAACGAAUACAGAGUGCCCGAAUUAAACGUGCAAAACGGUGUUUUAAAAUCUCUGUCCUUCUUAUUUGAAUACAUUGGAGAAAUGGGAAAGGAUUACAUUUACGCUGUUAGUCCACUAUUGGAAGAUGCACUCAUGGACAGGGAUUUAGUACAUAGACAGACCGCAUGCGCUGCCAUUAAGCACAUGGCAUUAGGUGUUUACGGAUUCGGUUGCGAGGAUGCACUGAUUCAUUUAUUAAAUCAUGUAUGGCCCAAUGUGUUUGAAACCUCGCCACAUCUAGUACAAGCAUUUAUGGACGCUGUGGAUGGAUUACGCGUUGCACUUGGGCCAAUUAAAAUAUUACAAUAUACCUUACAGGGAUUAUUCCAUCCGGCGCGAAAAGUACGCGAUGUAUAUUGGAAAAUUUAUAAUUCUCUUUAUAUAGGUGGACAGGAUGCUCUCGUAGCUGGUUAUCCCCGAAUUAUGAAUGAUCCAAAGAAUCAAUAUAUUAGAUAUGAACUGGACUAUGUUUUGUAAUAGUUUAUGCAAAUGAUGUGUACCAUACAUUUAUAUAAUCUUCACGAAAGUUAGGAUCAUUCGCUUAUAAUUGUUUACAAAAUCUGCUAAAUAGUUGUAUGUAAUAUAACACAUAAGAUAGACACUGCAAUGAAAUUUGAGGGUAUUUAUUUCUUGGACUACUCUAAUCAAGUUACACGUAAAUCACGUUCAAUUAAAGACUUGCCCGAUGAUGUGUCAGUCCUUAUACGAAUAAAAAAUUUCAUAUCAUAA